AACACGAUGUCGGAUUCAGAGCAAUGCCCACCUUUUAACUCACCCAGAUUGGUUCUCAAGAAGGUUUUAGCCCAAUCUCAACAAGAAGGUGAUGGAGCACUUGUCACGAGAGGCAUUGGAAGUAUUGAGUUGCAGAGCUUGGAUCCUUUUCUGUUGUUGGAUCACUUCUCAGUAUCUCCGCCUGCAGGAUUUCCUGACCAUCCACACAGAGGUUUUGAAACUGUCACCUACAUGCUACAGGGAGGCAUAACUCAUCAAGAUUUUGCUGGGCAUAGGGGUACAAUAAGAACUGGUGAUGUUCAGUGGAUGACGGCAGGCAGAGGAAUAAUUCACUCUGAAAUGCCUGCAGGAGAAGGAACCCACAAGGGAAUACAACUAUGGAUCAAUUUACCUGCCACACACAAAAUGAUUGAACCAAACUAUCAAGAACUUGCAAGCGAAGACAUAGCAUCAGCAGAGAAAGAUGGUGUUCGAGUGAGGGUUAUAGCAGGAGAAGCAAUGGGAGUGCAUUCACGGGUUUACACUCGAACACCAACCAUGUUCCUUGAUUUUACUCUUGAGCCCGGAGCUGAAUUGCAUCAAGGUAUUCCAGAGACAUGGAAUUCCUUUGUUUAUGUGAUUGAUGGGGAAGGAGUUUUUGGGUUCCCAAGCUGUUCACCAAUUAUGCGUCACCAUGUUCUGGUUUUGAGUCUGGGCGAUGGUCUUAGCGUUUGGAAUAAGUCUGAACAAGCACUGAGGUUUGUGCUGAUCGGAGGACAGCCGCUGAAUGAGCCAGUGGCUCGGCAUGGACCAUUCGUGAUGAAUACUCAAUCUGAAAUUAAAAAAACUAUUCAAGACUAUCACUUCCGCAAGAACGGGUUUGAGAUGGGAAAAUAUUGGACAUCUCAAUACUAAG